AGCUCCGCAGACUUGGGCAUAAACACUCCCACUCUAGUUUUCACUCUCUGUUUUAUUCACCAUAGUGGACAGAAAUGGACAGAAAUGUUCAAGGGGGUAAAGCAUACGGUAUUAUCAAGUCUCAACAGGAAGAAAAACUGAGCUCUAUCAAUGAGGAAUUUCUCUCAGAUCCCCAGUAUGCAGAAGAGGAAGAUCUUGCUUCAAAGCUUGAAAUGUUUAAAAAAAAAUAUAUGGAGUUUGAUCUUAAUGACCAAGGAGAGAUAGACAUGAUGGCUUUAAAACGAAUGCUGGAAAAACUAGGGGUGGCCAAAACUCACCUGGAAUUGAAAAAGAUGAUGUCAGAAGUGGUUAGUGGGACAACGCAUGACAAUAAGCCGAGGCCUAUCGGCUACACUGACUUCCUGAAAAUGAUGCUGGGGAAGAGAAACGCAAUUCUAAAACUGAUCCUGAUGUUUGAAGGCAUGGGCAAAGACCAGGAGCCUGCAAAUGUUGGACCACCUUGUCGCAAGACCUUUUCAGACCUUCCCUGAAGGAGCCCAUUUUCUGUCUGUCACUGUGACUUUUGAUUAUUUUUAGUGUGCAGAGUAAAAUGCAGCCUGCACAAUGCAGAUGAGGUUAUAGUGUGGGUUAUAAAUAGGCGAUGACUCAUUUCAACAACAGAGCCACUGUAUCACAAAUUGCAGUUAUAUGUCAGAAUUGUUUGCAUGACAAAUCCAUUAAAAAAUGUCUAUCAGAUGGAAAUAAUAUUUUUUUGUCACUCCUUAGUUUAUUAAAUUGGGUUUGGAGGAGACCUAGACCAAUCUGCUCUCACUUAGGUAAGGUAGUCCUACAAGGAACUUUUAUACAGUAAAUGAGAUGGCCAUUCAAAGACUUACAGUUUGAGUACUUUUUUUAUGAUUGUUUGACAGGACGGAAUUGUGUAGGGAAGAAAGUUCAACAAUAUCAACAGCAUCUUUGUUUUGCUUUGAUAUGUUUACUUGGCCAGUUUGUUAUAUGCAACGUCUGGACAUUACUCUAGCAUUUUUAGAAAGCUAUUUGGUUUCUUUCAACGU